AUGAAUCUUCACUCUAUGCGUCAUUUCCGGUUAAGCAUAGAGCACAAAUACUAUAAGAAGAACUAUACACCCCAAGGUUCACAGCGAUAUAUUAGCCACGAUACGUCCAUUCCGGUUGUGACGUACGUGGCUGAAAAUGGAGAGAAAAACUACAUGCCCCAUGAAUGCUCGCGAUGUCCUGAGUGUGUUAAGUCACUUUUGG